AUGACCCUACGAAACAUAUUGGCAGGCUCCCUGCUCGGUGCUCUGACGCUUUCGGGCUCUGCCAAUGGCCUUCUUGCGGACGAGGUCUCAUCGAUUUCCGAUGCUGGUACUCCAUACUUCCCCAGUGAGACCCUUCAGUUGACUGAGCAAGCGCUGGCCCAGUUGGACCAGAAUCAGUCCAGCUAUUUCCAAUUUGGUGACAGUGACAACUCCUCCCUCGUUGCUCGAGGCUAUUGGGGAUGCAAAGCCCUUCCAGGCGACUUCCUCUGGCCUGGCAAGUGGGUGUGGUCUCUAUUUGACGCAGUGCUCGGAGGCGCACUGAUCAAAACAGUUCCUCUUGCUGCGGCUUGUUACCCCUCCUGGUCCGAAUAUGACGCCAAUGAGUGCGACUUUGUGGCCAACAACUGGACCAACUCUCACAUCCAUGCUGAGGAUCCGGCUUCGGUGAUGUGGCCUCUCUUCGAGGGUCGUACCUGUUUACCAAACAAGAAUGGCACCGGAGAUUGCACUCUUGGCGGCUACUCUAGCUACGUCGUCAAUGUGAGCAACGUAGCUCAGAUUCAAUUAGCUGUCAAUUUUGCCCGUAUCGCCAAUCUUCGCUUGGUGGUCAAGAACACCGGUCAUGACUUCAAUGGCAAGUCAACUGGUGCCGGUGCCCUUGGCCUCUGGACUCAUAACAUGAAGGAGAUUGAAUACAUUCCCAACUACAGCGCUUCUGCUUCCGAGAUCUAUGAGAAGGCCAAUGAGCUUGGUUUCACCGCUGUCGGUGGCGAGGGCAAGACCGUUGGUGUUGCUGGUGGCUAUUUCCUCGGUGGUGGUCACUCGCCCCUGUCCAGUAUUUACGGCCUGGCUGCUGAUCAGGUCUUGGCCAUGGAAGUUGUCCUUGCCAGCGGUCGCUUUGUGACAGUCACUGAGCAGAGCAACCCGGACCUGUUCUGGGCUCUCCGUGGUGGCGGUGGUGGUACCUUUGGAAUUGUCACUUCUGUCAUUUCUCGCGUCUACCCCAAGGUGGGCGUCACUCUGUCCACCUUCAGCUUCUCCACCGGUCCCAAGGUCUCCGUGGAUGCCUUCUGGUCAGCAGUGCGCUCUUAUAUGAAGCGGUUCCCGGCCAACGCGGAUGCUGGUACCUAUGCGUAUUUCUGGGUUCUUCCCACUGGAGCUGAACAGUUCACGUUCUUGAUGAACCCCUUCUUUGCUGUCAACCACACUCUGGAGCAAUUCAACACCUUGGUCCAGCCCUGGUUCGAUGAUCUCAAGGCUCUGGGCAUCGACAUCUCGCCCAACUCGAAGUACUACGACAACUUCUACGACGCCUGGGAUGCAGGCUUCCCUCUUGAGAUUGUCGGUAGCACCAGCAUGCUGACCGGUUCUCGUCUCUUCCCUCGCGCCAACUUUGAAGAUGAGUCCCUAUUCAACACCACCUUUGAAACCCUCCGCUCAACUAUUUCUGCUGGAUACGCUCUUCUGGCCUUCAACAUGAAGGCUGAACUUCCAGAGGGAUAUCCAUCCAACUCUGCCAACCCCGCUUUCCGUAACAGCCUCAUGCAUGCCAUCACCUCCACUUCGUGGGAUAAUAGCGCCACCAAUGCUGAGAUUCUGGCCUCCAUGCAGGACUUCACUGAUAACAUCAUGAGCCAGUGGCGCAAGACCUGUCCCGAAUCUGGUGCAUAUAUGUCCGAGUCGAAUAUUCUGGAGCCCAACUUCCAGCAAUCGUUCUAUGGCUCCAACUAUGGACGGUUGUACAAAUUGAAGCAGCGGUACGACCCGACCGGUCUUUUCUAUGCCCCGACCGGCGUUGGCAGUGAGCACUGGACCUUGAAGAGUUUGGACGGUCUCCCCGAUCAAAACGGACGACUAUGUCCUGUCUAA